UCCUUUGGGGCCAUCUGCCUGUCCCAAGUCAGGAUAAAGGAGGAGGGUUGGGCGUGGGGCUAGCAACUCCACCUCGUAAAAAAUCAACCUGCUACAGAAACGCCAACAAUAGAGACAACAGAGACUUUUACCCUGGAAAAAGAACGGUCUUCAACUCGAAGAUGCAUGACGCUGGGUGGUAAAAGCCAUGAGGAAGCCACUAAGCCGAUUACCCUUCCUGCAACCAGGAGGAUUACCAUAGGCACAUGGAAAGUGAGGACCAUGUACGAGUCAGGAAAGAUGGCGCAGGUUGCAGCAGAGAUGAGGAGCAACAACCUGACCCUAUUAGGCAUUAGCGAGACAAGAUGGACGCAAGCGGGACAGAGACGACUGUUGACAGGAGAGCUGUUGCUGUAUUCAGGACAUGAAGAGAGCGACGCACCCCACACACAGGGAGUAGGCUUCAUGUUGUCCAAGCAGGCACAGAGAGCACUGAUUGGUUGGGAGGCACAUGGUCCCAGGAUCAUCACAGCAUCCUUCAGAACUAAAAUGAAGAGGAUUAAGAUGAAUGUUGUUCAGUGCUACGCUCCAACUAAUGACAGCGAAGAGGAGGACAAAGAUUAUUUUUACAACAGACUCCAGAAAAUAUUAGAGAUUCUCCCAGACAAAGACAUCAUCAUCCUUAUGGGAGACUUUAAUGCCAAAAUUGGACCUGACAACACAGGAUACGAACAAGUCAUGGGGACCCACGCUCUGGGAGAGAUGAGUGAGAAUGGAGAGAGAUUUGUGGAUCUGUGUGCACUUAACAACCUGGUCAUAGGAGGUAGCAUCUUUCCUCACAAGCGGAUCCACAAGAGUACCUGGGUAUCACCAGCAGGCAUGACAGAAAAUCAGAUCGAUCAUGUCUGCAUUAGCAAGAAGUUCAGAAGAUCCUUGCAGGACGUUAGAGUUAGAAGAGGAGCAGAGGCGGCGUCCGACCAUCACUUAGUGGUGGCCAGAUUGAAGCUGAAGCUGAAAAAAGAACUGGAUAGACGCGUCAGACAGAAGAGUGAAGUACAACGUCAGCCUUCUGAAGGACCAUAAGACCAAGGAAGAUUUUGGACUGACGCUGAAGAAUAAGUUUUCAGUAUUACAGGAUCAGUCUGAGGAAGAGGAAGACAGUGUACUAAACAGAUGGCAGAAAGUGAGAGACACACUUAGGUCAGUAUGCCAGGAAGUGCUUGGAAUUAAGAAACACUAGCAGAAAGAGUGGAUCACAGCAGAGACCUUGAUCAAGAUAGAAGACAGAAAGAAGAAGAAGGCAGCAGUCAAUAACAGCAGGAUUAGAGCAGCAAAGGCCAAAGCUCAAAAAGAGUAUGCUGAAGCCCAUAGAGCAGUGAAGAGGAAUAUCAGGAAGGACAAGAGAGAGUAUGUGGAUGAACUGGCAGCAGAAGCGGAGCAGGCAGCAUACAGCGGUAAUAUGAAACAGCUGUAUGAUACUACCAAGCGACUGUCUGGAAAGUUCAGCAAGCCAGAACGUCCCGUUAAAGACAAG